AUCGCGGCUACGGGAUAUCUGACUCUUAUUCCUUCCUUCCCAGUAACCAAGGUCCAUGGAACGUUCGUUCUGCCGGCAUGCGACUCGCGCUGGUUGUACUGCGCCUGUGGGAAGCCGGUGUACAACGUCAGUGCGAUUCCCGUCGAACAGUCGUACCUGUAUCUGGGCACCGAGACAGCGGUAACUGUCUUCGAUCAAUGCUAUUCCAGUUGCUUGCUACCCGCGUUCGAUCCGCUUCCGCCGCUUCCCAACACCCCCGAGAUUCGCCUGAGCAAUAUCUGGGUGGCACCCAACGAUCUCCCGUAUCCCGUGGGCCGAUUCCUGGUUAAUGUCAAGAAGACGGUGAAGAAACUGUGGCUGUUGAAAAUCUAUCUGCCCUCACUAACACGGGAUACGUUCGCGGGAUUCUCGGCUCUCAAGACAAUCCGACUGGAGCGCAAUCGGAUGUCCGCCAUUGCUUUAGACUCCUUAGAAGCAUUUGUACCGCCACCGGGAACUGCUGCGCCGUCUAGACUCGAGGAGUUCUUCCUAACCGACAACAAUUUGGAGCAGUUUGAUUGGUCGGUGAUGAUGCCGCUGGCUGACACUAUCAAGCACGUUUCCGUGAUGAUGUGUGGCGUUCGUCAGAUCCAACUGAGCCGGUUCUUCAGCAUGCGCCGCAUCGAAUCUGUCAAUCUGGCGGGUAACAACCUGACAACCGUGGACAGUCGCUUCCUCGAUAGUCUAACGCAAUCGCAUGGCCGACCCGGCUUGAGUCUGCAGUACAAUCCGGUGUGUACGAGUGACAUCCGGUGCCGUUGUGCGUCGUUAUUAAACCUGUGGAACUGGCUCAUCAACGCGUCAACGCCGGUCACGGAAUUUGAGCCAGGUGUCAUGAUUCACUGGCAAAUCAUGGACGGUGUGACAUGCGGUAAUUACACCGAUGCACACGGGGGAAGUCUGUAUAACCGCUUUCAAGUCGGAAAGGAUGAUGGAUCCGGCAGGACGUACACGGGUCGGGAAAUCCAGUUACUGGCACGGUGGUGGCUAGAUGACGGGAAAUAUUCAACCAACUUAUUUAACACACUAUGAUAUACAUAGAGUGCGUGUAUACAUAGAGUACUGCGUAUGUAUAGAUUAUACGAAUGAUGUGGGUCUCUUCUUUUCUGGACUUACUGUUCUCAUCUAACUCGUGUUCGCUGAUUUUUUUAGCGAUUCUAGUUGCAGGGUCUGUUCUUUAUUCCAACAGAUCUUCGCAAAAUUUUGAAGAAUGUGAAGCUGGCUUCUACUGCAGAGUCGGUGUUUCGGACUUUCAGGUACCAGCGAAAGUAGAAGUUGCAGUGUAUGAACGCUCAGGCUGCCCAGAGUCUAUUAAUUUUCCACCUGGUGCGUACGGCUGCUGCGGCGACUUCCGCAUAGCAUUUUUGCAAA